AUGGACACCACUUCGUUAACUUCUCCCAACAAACCCCAAGAACUUCAUCCUGUUACGGAGCCCGGUGGCCCGAAGACAAUCAUGUCUUCCUUGGAUAAAGUACAAACCAAAACUGAAGAGGGGGAGAUAGUUGACCAUGGAGCGGAUACACAACUUCAUCGCUCCCUUGGUACCCGCCAUCUCACCAUGGUUGCCCUGGGCUCUGCAAUAGGAAUGGGGAUGUGGCUCGGAAGUGGGACAUCCCUUCUCAAGGGUGGCCCUGCCAGUCUGUUCAUUGGAUACCUGAUUAGCAGUUCGAUUCUCUGGUCCGUCUCACAGUGUAUUGGUGAGAUGGCUGUCGUGUACCCUCUGCCGUCGGCUUUUGUACAGUGGACUACAAUCUUUAUUAGCCCAGCAGCUGGGUUUGCUUUGGGCUGGGGAUACUGGUUUUCCUACUGGAUUACCAUUGCCAAUGAGCUUCAGUUUGUUGUAACUAUCCUGAAUUAUUGGACUGAUGAAGUACCCAAAGCUGCGUGGAUAACCAUCUUCUGGGUGGUCAUUAUCUUGGUCAAUAUCUGGGUUGUGAAAUUUUUUGCAGAGGUGGAGGUUGUAGCAUCAACUAUAAAGUUCAGCUGGAUGCUUAUUGCAAUUGUCGCUUUAAUUGUUAUUACUGCUGGAGGUGUCCCAGAACAACAAGGACCCAUUGGUUUCCAAUACUGGAAUGAACAACCAUUCAUCAAUGGCUUUAAAGGAUUCAUCACCGUCCUCCCUACAUGUGUUUUUGCAAUGGCUGGGUCAGAAAAUGCUGCCUUGGUAGCGACAGAGGUUGCAAAUCCCCGACGAUCAGUCCCCAAAGCCGUCACGUCCAUCUGGCUCCGUCUUGGACUCUUCUAUAUACUGGGGAGCCUAAUGAUUACACUGACUAUUGACCCUAAGGACCCCAACCUGUUUGGCGGCUUUGGAAGCAAUGCCUCGCCCUUUGUGAUUGCCUUCAAAAAUGCCGGAAUCCCAGCUAUGGCCCACAUAACAAACGCAGUGAUUUUCAUCUCGGUGAUCUCGACGGGAAGCAUUUCUGGCUACGGUGGUUCUCGAAUGUUGAUGGGGUUAGCACAUGUGAAUAUGAAUUUUAAGAUAUACGGUGAAGCUGACAAGAUGGGCCGUCCAUGGGCCGGCUACAUCACCACGAUUGGAAUCGGAGGCGCCCUUGCCUACAUCAAUGUGUCAAACACUUGA